CAUUCAAGUGUCAAAUAUGGUAAAGGUCAAACUUCUAGGGUACUGUCCUGAAGGAUGGAGAAGGUUUGGCUGCACCUGUUACUACGUCUCUACUGAGGGGAAAUCCUGGGAGAAGAGUAGACAGGACUGUCUGGAGAGAGGAGCAGAUCUGGUGAUCAUUAACAGUGAAGAGGAACAGACAUUCGUCAAUGGGUUUGAAUCAGUCAAUUAUGUCUGGAUUGGUCUGACUGACUCUAUUACUGAGGGGACCUGGAAAUGGGUGGACGGCACCCCACUGACCACACCAAGCUACUGGUGGAGAGGAGAACCUGGUCGUACAGACUGGAACUGUAGGUUCAUCUAUUACAAAUCAUCAGGCCAUGGAGUAUGGUGGAAUUAUUAUUGCUCCUCUUCACAACCAUGGAUCUGUGAGAAAUAUGCUUCCCAUAGGUACUUUUUCUGCACUGCUGAUUAAUGAACUCUCUACUGUAUGUUAAUGAUGGUC